GCGUCUAUACGCUUUUUAAAAUAAACGCCUUGUUUACUAAGCAUAAAUUUGUUGAAAUGGAUGUUUUUACAUUCGAAAAAUCAUUUCUGGAGCGCCUAAAGGAGGCAGAAGCAGUUCUAUCAUGGGAUGGUGCUACAAUGCCUGCCUCACAAGUGCGAUCGGAAUGGAAGUCCUAUGUUGAGUUGCAAAUUGAGCCAGCAGGCUGGCAGGCUAUGUGGAAGAUACCACGCGUAAUCUGCGAGGAUCUCAAGCUACGCUAUCCUACCAUUGUCUUUGGCUAUGUGGAUCAGGUAAUAUUCGACGAACUAAAAGCGGUGUUUGUGGUUACGGCCGUGCAGGAUCAGGACGUACAUUUGCCCGAGAGCAAUGAGGUUUCGCUUAUUGAGUUGUGGCCAACAAUGCAGCAAGAGAACUCAGCUUUGAAUGCUGAUACCACGGCCGAGUGUAUAGAUCGCUUGCGCUUCUUUUAUACGCACGUAUGGAUGCCUUGGGACAAGGACUGUGAUGAUGAUCGCGACUGGGUGCAAUUGCAUCUGCAUGCACGCAUACAACUUGCCUGCGAUUUAAGCAAGAAUCGUUUGCCUCGUCCACUGGCUUUACACAUACGCACCCUCCUAAUGGAAGCGCGCUAUAUACAACAAAGAUUGGAGUACCUGGAGCUCGAUCUGAGCGACGCCGAAGCGGAGAGUGAUGAUGAAGCCGUAGAGCUAAACGACAAUGCUACGGAUCCACCACGCAAACAGUCAAAAACAGCUGGCAGUCCCAAGGAUAAUGCUUUAAAUAGAUCAAGUCUGCCACCUGUGACAGAUCUGAUGUGUCUGCAUCUAAGGCUGGCUAUUAUACGCAGCGAGUUUGAAAUAUUGGAGAAUCCCGAAAUGCGACGUGCCUACAGUGAAUUGCAGAGCAAUGGACUAAAACGCCACUUGCUGCAGCGCAGUCCAGGAAAAGCUGAGAUUGUGGAACGCGCCCCAAUAUGCCAUCUAGUUACACUGCCAGCGGAGCUGCAGACACAGCUUAGUCUACUAACGCUGGCAAAGCAGCAUGUUAAGUCCAAUACACAGGUGCAGCUUGGCAACACUUUACAGGACGUGCUUAGCAUUGCGCAGGCCAACGAUAGCAUCUUGUUGUCGCCAGGACAGCACACUAUAAAGUUUCUGGAACAGAUUAAUGAUAAUGGUAGCAUCCAUGGAUUAAUUGCAGCCGAGCUAUGCACUUUGCCCAAACAAGAACUGUCAAAGUUGCCAUCUAUUUGCUCGAGUGAUGAAGAUAGCACAUUGUUGGUCAUUGAUGGAGAUUAUAGCAUAUCUCAAGUGGUACUAGACUGCCGCCAUGUGCGUCGUGGCAUCUUGCUGCGUAAGGGCACGCUAACUCUAAGCAGUUGUCGCCUUGUAGGUGAUGGCAGUUCGAGUACUCAAGAAGCCAUCGUGUGCCUAUCCCAAGCAGCUGUAGUUCUUGAGGAUUGUCUGCUAGAAAAUUUUGCUGUUGGUAUUUCCAUGCGUGCUGACACAAGCGCCGAGCUGAACAAAGUCACUAUCAAAAAGUGCAUAACAGGAUUGGAAUUGUUGGAUCAGAAGGCCAAGCUCAGCUUGCAGACCAGCUGUACCUUUGAUAGCUGUAAGCUGGGUAUAUUAGUUGAUGGCAUAGCGCUGCAAAAUAGCACUGAGAAGGCCGUGUCCCUUAAUCAUUUUAGCGAGCUGCAACGUUUAAAUGAGAGCAACUGGCUGGGAAACUGCUGCUUUAACAAUUGUCUGCGCAGUGUGCGUGUUAUCAAUGAAACAGAGAAGCUGCUGGUCAAGCGCCCAAAUCAAAAUCUAUUGUUGGAAGAGUUAGAUGAGGAAAAUAAGGAGAACAUGAUUUAGUUUUUAAGCAUGCAAUGUAAAUCGUAAUCACUAAAUGCAGGCAUAUAAAUAUAUUUGAAAUUUGCGCAUUUCAA